AUGAUAACCAUGAGCACGCCACAAAUGCAACGGGCGGGAGGUGUGCUCUCGUCUCUUGAGUUAGACGACCUCCAGAAGGAAUGCCAUUCCAUUCGCACAGCCGUGACGGAGCACGAGCUCCUCAGGCACCAGCACUGUGGUCUCGUUCAUAUUGUUCCAUGGAAGCAAGCCGAGUUCCCACCUGUCUCGAGCUCACAUCGUCCUAGAGGGACGUCAGCCACAGCUGAGAUCGGGUCGCACAGGGAUGUCGAUGAUAUCUCGGUGUAUCCUCGCCAGAUCCACUACACUCCAGGAGAUACUCCAACUAAGGUCCUUCAUGGAAUGACGACACAGGAAAACGCGGUAGACCACCAUGGAAGCAUCGCUCGCAUGAUGUUCAAAGUCGAAAACACCUCGAUCCCUGCAGCACUUGUUGCAGUCAGUGCCCACGAUAAUGAUUCCAACACUUACUCCUUCUCGAUUCAAAGCACUUCGACACUGUCAAUACCUUACCCGACUAAGAUACAUGAAGACAGCUCCAUGUUGUGCGUCAAUAGCAUUCAUGCUGGAGAUAUCGAUCCUGUGCCUGUGAAGCAGGACAGUUAA